AGCAUUCAAAAUUCACUCCAGCGUUUUAUCUCGAUAAAUGCGCAGGCCUGGCUUUUCUCUCCGCGACCCUAUUUUGGUACUCGCACUCAGAGUUCAUUGUGCUUUUAUUUAUUCAUUGUUGUUCUCUGUGGCCCGUUCGUCGCCCAUCCCUUUUUCUUGUUCAUUGCCUUAUGAUUUCCCCUCCAUAUGCGAGGAAUCCUUGGGACAGGUACGGCGGCAUAUUUGUUACGCGGAGUAAUCGGGAUGAGCAAGACGGAAAGGAGGUACAUAGGUCGAAGGGGGAUCGGCUUGCUGGCGCUUGUGGAACUCGUUUAUGAACCGGUCAACCAAUGGAUGGAUGGGAUAUGGAGCUGGUGUUUCUUUUCGGUUGACUGUACUCUUCUGUUUUUCUUACUGGUUAUCGAAGUGAGGAAUACCGAUUUUCUGAAGUUCUCAGUUCACAUAUAUACUUCUUAUCUUGUGGAAAUGGUGGUAGGUUGUAAGACGAUGGAUCAUGAGUCGAGUUGUCGACAGCCUUGCUCAGCCAAUCAACCCGAGAUUUCCCAUUGGAAAGGACAGCACAGUAAAUAGGCAAAGUGAGAACAGCUCCUCAAUUGUAUGUAUAUCUAACGUCAAACAGACCCCCGAAACAACUAACUAUACAUCGACCGACUAUAU